CUUUUCACCUUAAAAUUUCUCGCGAGUAUCUCUUUCUCUAUCGUUUUCCUCGUCUCCAACUGUAAAAAACAGAUGGGGCGGACAAGCAAAGACCUUCUGCACUUGGAGCGCAAGAACCCCUCCACCACACCAUUGGAGUCCACACUUCUUGUUUGCAAGAAAAACUCGCUCGCUCAAACCCAGGAACUCCUCCCUGAUGGAAAGCCCAUCACCGCCCCUCCUCCCAAAAGCCAAGUGUUGGGAAAAAUUAAAGACUUCCUAGGAGCGAUAUCAGAAGCAAAUGAAAGGCUUCAGCUUGGUGCAAAGGACAAUUCUGAGAACUAUGAUAUUGAAGUGCUCACUGGAAAUGAAUCUGCAGUUAUUGAAAUGGAUUUGAUGCUUGGUGUUGCUGAUCUUCAUACCUCAGAGGCUGUUGCUGCUGCUGAAUCUGCAAUUGCUGGUUUUCAGCCUGUGAUUCCAUUAGCUUGUAGCACUAGUGGAACGGAUUCAGAGGAUAGCAGUGAUGAUGAUAGUGAUGAUGGUAAUGGUGAAACAUGCUCUCCGGUGACACUCAAAACAUCAAAGUCUGGCCAUGAUAAUUGUUCAAGUGAAGACAACGUCAUUCGAUCAAAAAAACGACCAAAGAUUGUUGUGCUUCCUUGAGAACUUUCUGAUGAAAGAGGUUCCAAUCCAGAAUAAUUGUUGUGAAACUUGGUUGAAUGAAAUAUAUAAUGAACUGUCAAAUUAUCAUUACGGUUGCAACAGGAAUCCAAGAGUUUUAAGAGAAUGCAUCUGGUAAAAAAAGGGCACCAUGGGUUAUAUUUGGUAGUUGUCAUUGAUUAUGCGUUGUUGUUUAAUUUGCUCCUGUAUACAGUUAUGUUUAGGUUGCUGCA